ACAGGAUCAGAUAAACGCGCACGAAAAGAGUAACUUUCUUCAUCCUGCAGGAAUGUGAUGUGGCUCAGAGGAGAUGGAUGCAGCAGACUCCACGGACCCCUACAGCCGACCAGCGCGCAGGACACAAUGGAUCGUCAGCACCCUGGCUUACCACUACGGACUGGACCGCGGAGUGGAGAACGAAAUUAUCGUUUUGGCAACCGGGCUGGAUCAGUACCUGCAGGAGAUUUUCCAUCAUUUGGACUAUCAAGGUUGUGGGAAAAUCCCCGUGGAGGACUUUAACAUCUUGUGUGAAAUUUUGGGACUCCACGCGGACUCGGACGACACGGAAUGCGCCGGGAUUUUAGACAAUCUGCCCAGCGAGCUCAGCUUCCGGCACUUCCACGCCAAACUGUGCGGCUACUUCAGCACCAAGGCGGGCUGCCAGUACGAGAACGGCAGGCUGCUCGUAGGGAAAGAGAGCGAGCACAUAGAGACCCAGAUCCGCCUCCGGAGCCCGCUGAAGCGGCGGGAGCGGCUGCCGUGCGCCGCAGCCAGCGGCGGCUCCUCUCCGUCCUCGGAGCGACGCUCCUGCGGCCGCAGGCUCGGCUCCUGCUCCAGGGAGUGCUACGAGGACAUCGUGGCACUGGAAGAAGCGGAGGACCGGAUCGGCAAGCUGGAAGAGGAGAACGCCAGUCUGAGGGAGCUGAUCGAGGACAUGCGCGCGGCUCUGCAGAGCAGCGACGCGCGCUGUUUGGCUCUGCAGGUGGGACUGUGGAAAAGCCAUGCUGAACAUAAUCCCGAUGAAGGAUGCUUCAUUGCCCUCCAGAAAAGCAAUAGUAACAUGAAGACCAGCAUAUACAGCAACCUGAAGAGUCUGCAUAAUAUCAUCCACGAGGUUGAACUGCUGCAAAGCUCCAGAGACCAACAAGUGGAGGAAACAAUGCUGUGUAAUCAGAGACUGGAGCAGGAACUAUGGAGCUGUAAAGAAACUGUGGCUGCUCUGGAGGACUGUAACCGAGUUCUGCAGAUGGAGCAGGUGAACAUGAGGAGGAAGGUUGAAGAAGCCAGACAGGCGCUGCUCAGCGGCCUGAGCAAGGUGAAGGAACUGGAGGCCAAAGCCAGACAUGUGCCAGCACUGCAGAGACACAUCCUCCAACUGGAGUCAGACCUCCUCUUCUACAGGUCGGAGGUGUCAAAACUACACGUGCCAAACUGCAGUGGAGCAGAGCAGCAGCUGAGUGCCAGCAGCAGGCUGGGACGGAGGUGCUGUUCAGACCCCCAACAUGACCGCUGUUCACCCACGGGACGCGCUGAGACCAGCCCAGACAAAAUGGAGGAGCACCUGUUUCGCUCGGUGGAGGGCCAGGCAGCUUCUGAUGAAGAAGAGGACAAGUGGACCGGAGAUCAGCCGCGGCAGGUGGACGAGGUGAAGAGGAUCUUGACCAGACUGUCCUGCUGUGGAGAAAGGUGUGAGGACAAGGCCUUCAGGAAGCUGAUGCUGAGAAGCGAGGAGAGCUGCAGCGCGGUGGUGGAGCUCCUGGAGCGUGUGACCAGGCUGCAUAAACAGCUGGAGCUGAAGGAGAGUCAGGUGGAGAUGGACAUGGACCAGAUGAGGGACUCUCUGGUUCAGGAGCUCCAGCAGAAGGCUGAGAAGACCGAGCUGCUUCAGAUGGAGCUGCAAAUGCUGGAAACAGAAAGGGUUCGUCUGUCUCUAGUGGAAGAGAAGCUUGUGGACAUUCUGCAGCUUCUCCAGCAGCUCAGAGACCUGAAUGUCUCCCGGAGGUCUCUCGGGAAAAUCCUGCUCAGCACUUUGGAGUCCUGCAACGAUCCACAACAUGGGAAAGCCCACAUUUUGGAGGUGCUGAACGCUCUCUACCACGAACUGGCUGCAUGUGAGAUUCUGUCUACUGGUGGACCUUUGGAGCGAGCACAGAGCCAGCAGUCACUCAUUAUUUCCUGCUAAACAAUACUGCCUCCUGCUGCGCUGAUGGAGCUCCUGGUUGGAACAACAGCCUCUCUUCUUCAUGGACACUGGAUUUAAGAUGAACAGUGAUCAGAAUCAGGCUGAUUCAUGUUUAUAAUGUACAUAUAAGCACAUCUUGUCCUCUUCUUCAUCCUUAAUAUCUUUUAUUGGAAAAACUUUACCUCUAACCACGAAAGGUAAUAAGAGUAAUGAAGGGCUUUACUCACUCUGUGUUUUUUGUUGCACAUCAUGCUUUCAUUGCUGAAAUUGGAUCUUUCCCUCAUGAUUUUUUUCUUUUUCUUUUUUUUUUUUUGAAAGGAGUUCUAUCUAUAGAAUUGUUGAAAUAAGCUAAAUUUCAGAGCUACAAUUAAAAUUAUGAUAAACUAUUAUUUUUAAAGCUAUGCUGAAGAGACCCUAUGUACCCUUGAAUACAAUUAAUAACACAGAGGGAAGAAAUGGAA